UGCUGUGGUGGAGCAUUUUUGCUGGCUAGCGGAGCUCAAGUCGUUUAGUGCACGAACCAGCAUAAAUAAACGCAAAACAAACGAGCUAGUGAACGGACGUCGGCAUAACGAUUGCACGCGAGCGCAACAACGAACGAUCAAGCAGUUAAGAAGCAAAAACGCAUGCAAGCAACAAAGUAAUAUAUAAACGAAACGACAGUGUGAGCGACGGCAUUGCAGCGUUUUUUUAUUGCAUUAAUAUUAUAAUUUUUUUUACAUUUUUGCUGCUUUUUUUUAAAGAAAUGUGGUGUUAAAGUAUAUAAACUUAAAUGAAAUUAAAUGCAAUAAUUUAUUUAUAGGCUUCGCUUAGCGUAGGAACAAAGAAACGCUAUAAAUUGCUGGAUAAUAGUAAAGAGGAAAAUUGAGUGGCAACGAAGUUUUAUUACAUGUGCAUAUAUUGUAUAUUUACAUCCUUAUAUAAAAAAUGUAAAAAACGAGUAACGAUUUAUAGCGAAAAAACCGAAAACAAUAAUAAAAAGCAAAAAAAAAAUACAAAAAUAAAAACAAAAAGCAUAAACUAAACCAUUAAAGCAAUAAUAAAAGUGCCUUAAUUUUUGUGCAUGUGCAUUUAUGAUGAUUAAUAAUAUUUUUUUUACAAAAAGUGUUUUUCAAUUUAAUUGAUUUUUGCAUACAAUUAUACAUGGUUUUACAACAAUAGCAGCAAAGUUUAAUUAAAAACAAUAACUAAAGUGCAAAAAAAGGCAAUAAAAAGCAGUUAACAACAACAGCUGUUGGCGAAAAAUCAAUGCAAAUAGCAGGAGCAGCAGUUAACGGCGCAACAACAACAAUAGCAAAAACACUGCAUUAAAGUGACAGCAGUAGUGCAGCGACCGUGGUUGCGACGUCGUCAAGCGUUGCUUAUUCGUUUUUAUAGCUGUAAGUACGACGAAUGCCGGUUGCAGAAAAGGCAGGCAUACAGAAUACAAGAAUAAAAGCACCAGAAAAACAUUACAAGUAAACAUAGAAGAAAAAAAUAUAAUUCAAAAAAUUGCUACAGAAAAAGUAUUUGCGUUAUCGUUACACUCUAGCUGCAUUUAAUACAGAUUCUGCAGCCAUUUUACUUUAUUUACACGCUUUUAACGCUUAUUUUACCCGCUUGUUUGCAUUUUGUGUAAGUGUGACAUUCAGUCGGCGAGAAUAAUUAAAAAGUAAAUUAAAAAUGAAAUAGGCACAUAGCAAUAAAAUCAAAUGGCACAGGCCGCUUGCCUGGUCGGCUCGUGGCCGGGGCUGUUUGGCUAAAGCUAAGUUAAGCUGGCGGCAGCAUGCAGCAUAGUCGCCGCCGUUGUUGUCGUUGGCUGUUCGUUACCCCAAAAGCGGCGACAUACAUAAAUUAAAAAAAAAAAAACGAAAUAAACUGUAAUGAAAAUGGCAGAAGAACGCGCAUUCACUUAUGCUGACAAGCAGACUUACGUGUACGAAAAACACUGGCUUCUGGCGUUGUUGGUAGCCAGCCUUGUUUGCAAGUGCUUUUCGGACGUUGUCAGUAGUGUGGCAAUGAAGUGGCGCGUUGCCAGAGCUUUUGGUGGUGUUAAAUGCCAGAGAAGAUAACCUCUUUCAAAGGUUUUCACGACACUUGUAUGGCGGCGAAAUAACGGUCAGUUUGUAUGCUAGCUACAUACAUACAUAUAUGCUAUAGUGGUCCGAUCUGAAUAAUAUGUAUAUUCGAAGAUUGUAGCGCCCCACUCGACAAUAAUCUAUUAAUUAUUAUAAUCUAUCAUACGACAGUUGGGCCAAAGUAACCGGAACGGACCCGGAUUUUUAUACAACCAAGAACUGUCAACUCGGCACCAUUCCUCGAAAUUACUUCAGGAAUGUUUUUUGAUGCUACAACAACAACAAUUAUAAUCUGCAAAAUUUGUAGACUAAUAUUUAAAGAUAGACUACUAUAACCUAUUUUCUACACUUGCUAAAUGGCUUUCUAAAAAAUUCACUGAAUACAGUGAAGAUGUAUUUUAUCUAAAAUCUAUGAUGAUUGAAAAUAUAAUAUAUCAAAUGAAACUGUAACGCUUCAUGUAAUUGUAGCGAUUAUGGUAGUCUUCUUGAUGUUCUUUUCAAGAUACCUAAAGACGUCGACGUCUUAUAUAAUAUUAUGUUGAGGUAUUUUGGCUUCGUGCUUUAUAGAGCGAAUUGUUUAUAGGUAUAUACAUAUAAAUAUGUGGUUUACAAUCAGCCAGACUGCUUAUAUAGGCAUUCUACUAAAAUUGAUAUUUGAGUUUCGGGCGUCUAUUUUAUUUUUUAGCAACAAAUUUAUACCAGUUGGCUGUUCUUUUCCUCUCACCACUGACUGACACUAGCUUAAGUUCUAGAAGACGUGCCUUACAUUACUUAUGUAUUUACUACAUAUGUACAUAUGUAUCGUUUUUUUAAUCAAACAUACUUCAUUUUUUCAUUUUCUUCGCACGCAACAAAAAACAUAAGCAAAUAAAUAUCUUGCACAACUGUCGAUUUUUAAUAAAUUUUUGCGUCCAUUUUUUCUUAAUUAAAUUUUUUAUUUCCUGCUGCCUUGCAAAUUAAAUGCCUGAAGUGCGCUUCAUGGUCAUUGCUUCGUACCCUGAGUGUAUUAAGUUUACCACGAAAUUUAUAACAUGUCCGUCUGCCUGUCUCUCUCUUUUUGUAUACAUGCGUAUUUUUUCCUUGUUUUCGGGUUAUCGAUUUGUAAUUCUGCACACGUGCUUUUCUCUCCAAAAAGCUGCUAAUAUGUCAAAACCGCCAAUAACGGACCCUUAUAGCAUAUAGUUGCCAUACAAACUGAACGACCAACAUCUACUUAAAGAUCUUUUUAUGUUUUUUUUUGUUCAAAGAAAUGCGCCUGAGAAGGGUAUUAUAGCAUUUAUAUUUUUUUAUUUUUCUGCUUUAAAAUUUUUUUUUUGGUUUUAUUUUGCUUCAUUUGAAUUUUUUUGUAAUUUUUUGUAAUUAUCCACACAGUUUUUUAACGCUUACGCUGCUCUAUUUUAUUUGCAUUAUUUUUCGUUUACAACUUUUUUGCUGGUUUGCAUUUUAGUUUUGCUGCCGCUUUAUUUGUUGCCUUAUGUUGUUUGUGUAUUUUUGUUUUGGUUUAAUUUAAAAAUUCAUGUGCUGCACUAUUUCACCGAUUGUUGUUUUCGGUUGAAUUUGCUUUGGUUCCGUCGACAGUUUGUGUCCGUGUUCACUACUAAGUAAACGGUGAUUUUAUAUUUAUUUGCCUGUUGCGUUAUUUUUGGGCCAAAAAUGCGGGAUAAAUGUGUAUUUGUUUUUGGUUGGCUUACAGUAAAUGAGAAAAUUCUCAUUAAUUUGCUUGCGCACGUUCGUCAAAUAUUUGCGCAGCAGCAGCGUCGGCGUCGGCGCCGGCGCGUACAUCAGCCAUUCACACCAGCCCAUUAGCAGUGAAGUCAAUAGGAGCGAAAUAGUCCAGCCGAACUAAGUCAGCCAACCAUCUCCAGACAUUCAACCAGGCCGGGCAGUCAGUCAUUCAUACAAACAAACAAACCUACAAACAUAUGUACACGUGGGCAACCAUUUUGGUGUCGGCAAGUCAGUCAAUUUGUCAGUGCGUCAGCGAGUCGUCGUCGCUUUUUGGUGCUAAAAGUAUUUAUGCAUGUUUAAAAUGCUGACCGCCUUACAGCUGACGAACGCCUUCGCAUAAAAUCAUCAGUAGCCCACUCUUUUAAUACCCUGAAUAGGGUAUGUUAUAUUAGUUAUUUUGAGAUAACGGUCUGAAAUUUUGCACCUAUCUUUUUUUUCACAAAAAGCUGCUCAUCUGUCGAAACCGCCGAUAUCGGACCACUAUAGCAUAUAGCUGUCUUAAAAACUGAACCAUCAAAAUCAAGUUCUUCUAUGGAAAACUUUUUUAUCUGACAAAAUAUUUUCACGAAAUUUAGCAUAGAUUUUUACGCAAGCCAACGCUACAAACUCGGUAUAUAUUGUUCAGAUCGGGCCACUAUAGCAUAUGGCUACCAUACAAACUGAACGAUCAAAACUAAGUCGUUGUAUGUAAAACUUUUUUAUUUGACAAGAUAUCCUCACGAAAUUUGGUGCAAAAUUUUUUCGAAGGCAACACUAUAAUCUCCGAACAAAUUGUCCAGCUUGCAGCACUAUAGCAUAUAGCUGCCAUACAAGAUGUUCGAUCAAAAUCAAGUUCUUGCAUGGAAACAAUUUUAUUUGUGAAGGGUAUUAUAGCUGCGGUGCAGCCGAUGCUAAUGUUUUUUUUCUAGUUUUAAUUUCUUUUAAUUACAUUACAUUAACUGCUACAACAACAAUAGCAAGUGGCGUAAACAAGCAGUGGCAGCACAUACCAUUCACCCUUUAUUCCAUACAAACAUACUUAUAUAUGUACAUAUGUGCAUACAUACAUAUAUACAUACAGUUUCAUUACUUUACUGCUCCACCAGCCGCUCCGCACCGCGCGCCUGCCGCCGGUAGCCGCGCGCUCUUCCGCAUUGCUUGUCGCACAUUUGCCGGUCGAUCGCCUUACAUAUUUGGCUUUCCCAGCUGCCAGUUACAUACAUAUGUACAAAUGUAGUAUAUGCUUUACAGCUUCUACAUCGCCAUUGUGAUUUCUACACACAACACACACACACACACAAUCAUAUUAUGCUAUCCGCUCCCUCGAGCGCCAAGCUUUUAGCAGUGAAAUAGUUACUAUGGCACUGUUACGCUAUGUUUGUGCCAUGCUUCUUGUUAUUGUUGUUGUUUUCUAUAGUUUUUGUUUUAGAGCAGUCGCCAUGAUCUGCUUUAUAUUCUGCGCCCCAUAUGCGUGCCUUACACACUCCUCUCCCGCCAGUUAUCAGCAGUUCACGAUCCAUACCGCAGCAAGCAGCGCACAUGCAUACAUACGUAUGUAUGUACAAGCAUAUAUAAGUAUAUAUGCAUGUAAAUGCCCUCAUAAAAGAUUUUCUGCUCCGCAUUCGUACACUUUUUCAGCUUGCUCCUUUUCUUCAAAUUGCCUUUUAUAUUUCUUGCGGCUUUUCAGUUUCAUUCGUCUGCUGGCUUUUUACAUCUAUUGUUGUUGUUGUAAUUCUAGGCUGCUGUAAAUAUUUUAUUGUCGCUGUCAGCCGCGAGCGUCCAUUUCCGUUUUGCAUUUGGUUGGCAGCGCUGGCGCAAGCGCAAGAGCGUAUGAGUUUUGUGUGUGUGCGUGUGAGCGAGCGAGACAUGAGCGCGCGAGAAGUAAGCUGUAGUGUUUUAUAUUGAAAUACUAGAUAGUUGAUCUUACAAAAUACACAACAAUAAAAAAUAUGAAAAUUUUGAUGAAUAACUAGUCGGCAAUUAUGCACUAUGCAACCCCCGUCCCCCCGCCAUAAACUCAUAUGUGGCGUUGCAUUAGAAAAAACGAGCGUCGUCGCUAUGCUCAGAGAUUAUUUUGUUACUUGUCAGUGCUCCCCGCGCGUCUGUUCGUUGUAACUUAUAGCAUUUCCCGUGGAAUUUUUGCAGUUGUUGUAAUACUUUGGCGCUGCUGCCAUUGCCGUUCGUCACGUUCAAUUAGUCUAUUUCGUAAAUAUGUAUAUAUUUCUGUGUAUGUGUGUAGCGUGUUUUUGUAAUUCAUUUCCCUUUAAAUUGUUGCUAAAUGAGAUUUAUUACUAAAUUGCUUUUGUAGGGCUAAAACGCUUUCUGAUUUCACAAACACACAUACAUCUAUAAAGAUAUAUACAUGCAUACAUAUGUAUGUGCAUAGUUUUCAAGCUAAUCGCAAACGCUUUCAAAUGUACACUGUGCUCUAAACACGUACGUUCGCGGAAGUCAACAUAAUCGUUCUAGAAUGUUUCGAGAUGUUUACGAGUAUGCGUAUAAAAUUCCACCUUUCGCUUUUAUUGUUAUCCGAAAGUUGCAGUCGUUGCAGCAACACGAAUACCUGCGCUGAUAUUAAAGCGUUCCCUGCUCUUGAAUAAAAUUGUAUAUCUAAUUUUGAACAUCAAUACAAACAUCAAAUGGUUCGAAAAUUUUAGUGAAAAUAUGAUUUUUGAGAAUUUCAAAAAAUAUAUUUCUGAAAAAUUCAAAACAAUUUUUAUUUUUUGAAUAAUUCAAAACAAUUUUUAUUUUUUGAAUAAUUCAAAACAAUUUUUAUUUUUUGAAAAAUUUAAAACAAUUUUUGUUUAUUUAAAAAUUCAAAACUAUUUAUUUUAAUGCUAAUUAUUUUCAAAAAUUCAAAACAAAUUUUUUUUGGAAAAUUCAAAACAACAUUUUUAAAUGGGCAAUAAAAAAAAAUAUUUUAAAAAGUUCAAAGCUAUUUACAAAAUUCAAAACUAUUUUUCGAAAAAUUUAUAGCAAUAUAUUUAAAUUUCUAAUUUGGAAGUUCUAAAAAAAAAUAUUUUUAAGCAAUUCAAAUGCAGAUAAUACGUAAAUAUUUAUGUCAGCAAAAAAUCUAUUUAAAAUUUGUAUAAACUUAUAAUGAACACUAGAAGCUUGGAAGCCUGGUUUUCGAAACUACAAUUUCUGAACACCAAGAACUUAAAGCUUCAAUUGAAACUACUGUUAAUUUCUUCGUUCAAAAUUAGUUAUUAAUAAUUUUUAAAAUGAGGUUAGGUUAUGUCGGUAGAAUGAGAAAUUCGCCACAAUGAGCAGAAAGCAAGUUUUCUGUGCUCUGGAGUGAGCACUGAACACAUAUACGUACUUAAGUAGGUACUUGUGAUAACCUAAUGACCAACCGACAUCAAUAGCAUAACUUUAAAAUAUUGGAAAAUGUUUCAUGAGAGUAGUUAAAAGCUUAUGAACGAAGUCUAAUAAACAAAUUUAUGUUGUAUGUAUCUAUGAAAAAAUAAAAACUCGAAAAUAAAAGCUAAGUGAGUCGAGCAAUGUAGAGUAAGUAUUUCAUUUUUAGAAAUCAAAUUUUAGUUAAUAAAGUUACACGAACAGUAUUGUCUUCAAAUUAGUGCGUCUAUAAAAGCUAAGAAAAUAACGGUUAGUUGCAAUUAACUAUUGCAUUCUCAGAGCAAAUUGUGUAUAAAAUAUUGUAGAGAAAUAAUGAGAAUGAGAGAGAGAAUGUUAAAGGGCAUCUUAAGUGAUCACUAACCAUAAAAAUUUCGCAAAAAGUUUCGGUUCCAUUUUAGAGACUCUUUCGUUUCUACGAUAGAAUGUUUUACCUAACCGAAGGGCACUAUAUUUCCUGUUCCAAUGCCACAGCAGUAUUCCUCGAACCAUGUUUUAAUCCACUACAUUAAUAUCUUUGCUAUAUAAAAUGGAACUAAUAGCUUGCAACUAUAGUAAGCGGUACUGUUCUUCGACAAAGCACGAAAAAUGUAUCAAAAUCAUUUUCUUCAAGAAUUUAAACUAAAUAGCUGCAAUACCAAACGAUUUGGAUGGCAACAGUACUUCAUUGGUUUACUUGGCUUUUAAUGUAUCCCGGUAGCUUUUAUGAGAAACUUUCAUUGCAUACAAAUAUAACUAUAGAUAUAAAAAGAAGAUGAAGAAAAAGCAUAUACCAGAAAAAAUGUUUAUUUUUUUAUGUGUAAGCUCUUUACAAUUUCAACAACAUAACCUCAAACAAACAAAAAAAUCAUUGAUCUUAAUCGCAACUGCCAACGAAAUGAAUGCUUUAUUUUCAAGUCGUUUACGCACGAACUUAAUUGCUUAUCAUCCCCAUAGCAUAUGUGGUAGUCUAUUAAAAUUUCCCCCAAGACCAAAAAAAAUAAAAACCAAAAACAAAAACAAAACGAACACGAUCUUCACGGCGUGACUAGCUAUUUCCGUCGCCCACAACAAGCAUGGUAACGUUGCGCGUACAUCACGAUCAACAAAAACGAUAAACGAUUCGUUCAAAAUUGAUAUGCGCCGAUCAACCCCGAUUAAUGCAAAGUAUAAGUAUUAAUGACUGCUUGAAAUUUAAGUGUGGCUACAUGGCUUGUUUUAGGUGGAGCAACAAAAAAAUUUAAGCAAAUUACAAAAACCAAAAAAAAUAAUAAAUAAAAUAAAAUAAAAGAAAAUAAUAUAAAAUAAAAUUAAAUUUAAAAAAAUUUAAAAAAAAGACAAAGACAAAUGUACGUGAUCGUGUCAGGGUUGCUGUCGCAAGAAGGACUCACAAUUUAAAUAGCGGCGCGGCAGAUGUUAUGCGCAGCAGAAAUCUUUAGCAACAGCAAUAAUUGACUGCUGCUUGAUUAAUGCAUGAUAUAUGUAGUAGGUGUUGUUGUUGUUGUUGCUUUUUUUGUUAUAUUAUUUUUUGAGAAAAACUACUUAAGCAUGCAGGAAGGGGUGUCUACGCCGCACUAUUCGUUGCUGCUGCGACGUCCGUUUACUUUACUCUGCGUCCAGCUGUCAGAUGCUGGCGCAGAUUAAGUGCGCGCGUGCAAAAUACACCAGGCUCGUGUCGAAAUUUAAACAAAAGGACGCAGCAAUAACAACAACACCACGUAAGAUUAAAAAUUGUAAAAAAUUUACAAGAAAUCACAAAAGCGGCCAGCAAGACAAAUGCAGCUGUGUUUGCCACGGCGCAGCUGGCGUCUACAUUUCAAGCGUACUUGCACCUGCAACACGUAGCACUUGAGCGCUGUGACUGUGUUGGUGGCGUGGCAGCUGUUUUGUGUGCCCAUAUGCCGGCCAGGACAAAAGUAUGAAAAUUAUAGGGGCUGAAGACGCACAGUGAAGACUACGCUAAUGAUCAGACAGCGUAUUGUGGGAUCGAGAUAAGCGUGCAAAAGGGCUGUAGCAAUGCGUGAGUGGCAAUCGGAAAUUUAAAACCAAGAACCAAUUUUUAUAAUUUUUUAUUUCCGAAAAUCCAAAAAUGAAACAGAAGCUGCACUGCAAGCGAGCGCUUAAAACAUAAUAAGCACAUUUUAAGGGUUGCUUAUACAAAAAAAUAAAAGAGAAAACGUCAAGCAUCGGCUGUAGCGAAGCUAAAAUACCCUACACAUGUGCAUUACUCAUAAAAGUGUAUAAAAAUAUUUUUUUUUGAACUGUCAUUUUGUAUGGCAGCUAUAUGCUAUAGUGGCACGAUCUGAACAAUAUAUUCGGAGUUUGUAGUGUUACCAUGGAAAAUAAUAUACAAGCAAAUUUCGUGAAGAUAUUUUGGCAAAUGAAAAGGUUUUCCAUACAAGAACUGGAUUAUGAUCGUUCAGUUUGUAUGUCAGCUAUAUGCUAUAGUGCUCCGAUAUUGGUGCUUGCGCCAAAUGAGCAGCUUUUUGGAGAGAAAAGUACGUUUGCAAAAUUUCAGGUUAAUAUCUCGAAAACUGAGACACUAAUUCGCGUAUAUACAGACAGACGGACAGAGAGGUGGACAUGACUAAAUCGACUCAGCUUAUCACGCUGAUUAUUUAUAUAUAGAAACAUAUUUUAUAAGGUCUCCGAAAUUUACUUCUGUGUGUUAAAAGUUUUUUGGCAAAUUUACUAUAUACUGUUCAGGGUAUAAGAAAAAAAUUUGGGUUGGCGCAGCGCCUAAAAGUUGGCACAUGCGUUGCGGCACGGCAAAUAUGUAUGUACUUUUCAGAAAUUAAUGUGUACAGAUGCGCGCUGCAAAUACAGGGUACACAGCAGCACUUUAACUUGUUGCUUGUUUGUCGCGUUGCCUGCUGCGUUUUUAAUUUAGGGCACAGCGCUUGCCACAAAAGGCAAGAAGCAAUAAAACUAACAAACUCAGCACUUGCAAACAAAAAAAAAAAAUUAUACAAAUAACAAAAACAAACAGCAGCGUUUGCUACACUGUACACACAAAGCCAAAAACAAAAGCAACUAAAAAAAACAAAAAAUUGACAAAAUUAUGGGUUGCACAUAAAAAUACAGAAAUUGGUGCUAGCAAUUGAGCGCACAGACAUGUGAAACUAUCGAAAAUUUAACAGCGCAACAGUAGCCAGCAAAAGUCACCCCUCAUGCCAAAAGUUAGACUAAUGAUGUCGCUACUCGCACGCUUCCUACGCUAUACAACGCACUUUCCAGCUACUUCACUUGAAUUUACUCCACUUUCGCGUGUAUGCUUUCUCACGCAGCGCUGACUUAUGCUUGCAACCCAAGCGUUGGUUUACUUUGUAGUUGUUGGCCGCGCCGCUACAAGUCAAUUGAAUAAUUGUGGGUCAAUAACCCCAAAGCGACUGCCAAGUGACGUACAGACUGGACGCAAAUUUCAGCAAAGGAUGAGGUUAUCUCUUGUUUUUGCUGAAGAAAGUACUAAAGAAGGAGCCAUCAAGUUAAUUUGUGCGUUUAAAUUCAAUUCAAUCAUACAGUAGUGCACAUAACACUGUAUAAGUGGUUCCGUUAUCUAUCCAUACAAAUUACUAAAUUCUUUAUUUCCGUUUAAUAAUGGUAAUGUUACGCUUGGUGCUUUAUUUUACCGCGCAAUACGAAGUCCACAGAUUUAAAGACAUUUUCAAGCAGCUUUCAGAGCUUUGACUUUACCGCUGAGGUUGCAAGAAAUAACAGCGAGAAUUGUGUGAACCAACUUGUGGAAGUGUGUCGAGAAAACUUCGAGUCAUUUGCUUUCGAAAUGGAGGUGACAGUUCUAAAUUACUAAAGUGUGUAUAGUAGAUGUUAUCAAGCAGCUUUCAGAGAUUCCCUCGGAGCUUUUGACUGUAGCUCUUAGGUCGCAAUUUGGAGAAAUUUGCGUCGAGAAAACUUCAAGUCAUUUCGUUUUGUUAAGGAGUGAACAGCUCCGAUAUUCUAUAGUGUGUGACUGGAGUUUUCGAGUUAUAACUACAGUAAUUUUGACAAAUCCAUGGCGGAUCUUUGACCAAUUACGAGCUUAAUAUAAUAGCUUUUGAAAAAGUUCUGUUAGAGGUUAUUUCUUGUUCGAUAAAGAGCGGUUCUUAGAAGGUUCGAACCGCCUUCGAACGGCUGCUAUAAAAUACUUGUACAAUCAGAAGCUUGAGAUUUUCAGCUGAGGAGCAAUAGCUACUAAAACCUCAACAAUUUAUAAUUUUAGAUUUUGUAUCGGUCGAGAUUUACAAUCUUGAAACAACGCAUUGCAAGAGAGGCAACUCAUAUAAACUUUGAUGUUAUUGCAAUUAUUUUCAAGCGCCUAUAAUAUGAGUGAUCGAACACUGGAAAAUGAUAAAAAUAUUGUUCGAUCUUUUUUUCAAUAUUAUAUCAAUAUUUUGAUUAUUUUAUUUUCGCUUGUAAUUAAUUAAGUUAUCAAAAAGCAACAGCAAUUCUGUUCUGCAAUGAUACUUUAUCAAACUAUUCGAAUUGCUUUAAGACAAAUUUAACCUACUUUUAAAUUACUCAGCUCAAUAAAAGGCUCUACAAUUACACUUUUUACACAAUACGUUAAACAACUGCGUCUAAUCACCGCUACACACAAAUAUCUAUCACAACAAAUAAAGAUAAAGAAAUUUUUGAAAAACUAGUCAUAAAAUAGUUGUCGCAACAUACGCACAACAACAAAACCAAGUAAUUGUAACAAAUUAUUUUUGGUCGGUGAUGCAUUUUCAAUUCCAUGAAAACUAGCAAGCUACAGUAAAUAGCAUAUAAAAUAAUUGAAAGCAAGAAAGAAAACUAGUUGCACUUAUAUUUCCACCACCAUUUUUACACACCACUUGGAUUAUGUAUACAAAAAAAGAAAAUAAAAGAAAAUAGUAAAGAAGCACAGGUGACUCAUCGAAAGAGUAUGUUUGUGCAUUUGAGAUGAGCAGCACCGCCACUUACAAAUUUAUAGACAUUAAUGCGAAGUUACCUGUUUUUUAUCGUUUUACUAAAUCUCAAUUUUAUUAUUGUGUGGCAUGAGAUGAAUUCGAUUCUGACGCACAAAAAAUAAAUGCUCAGCACACACAUAAAGGUCAAACCAAAGGUAACAAGAAUAUGCGUGUCGAACAUGUAUCAGUAGUUGUUAGUGCAUUGCUUACAUGGCAGUGUCAAAGUGCGUGCAUGACAAUAUACGUAAAUAUAAUGGCUGUGUUCAGUGAGCACAAUGCCUGCAGGUGAUGAGAACGUGUUUUGGGUUAUAGUUGCUUGUGAUGAGUGCAGCAUUAAGAUAAAGUUGCUUGUUGAGGAUUAACGUUUAUGCUUGAACGUGUUGGAAAAUGGUGAGAAUGAUUUGUUUUGAGUAAUUAAGUGAGGUGUUGAGCAAAUUAGUGUGGAUAAUCAGGCAAUUAUAAAAAAUAAUACUAAUGGAACUAAAAUGAGGAAAUUAUGAGAAAUAAAAGCAUAAUUAGAAAAAUAAUAUUAAUAAUAAUAAUAAAAUAAUUACAAAGAAAAUUAAAAGACAAUAAAAAAAAUUUAAUUUAAAAAUAAAAUUAAAAGAUAAUAAAGCUUUUAAGGUAUAAAAUAUUAAAUAUUAAAAAGUAUAAUAAAAUAUAGCAAGUUUAUUAAAAUUAAAAGAAGUUAAAAAACCCGAAAUAACUAAAUAUUUUAAUAAUUGAAAAAGUGCCAUAAAGAAAAAUUAAAAUAAUUUAAAAAAAAGAUGAAAAAGUAUAUAUAAAAAAAUUAUUAUUAGGUAAAAUAAAAUAUAGCAAAUUUAAUCAAAUAAAAAAAAAUUAGAAAAACAAAUACGAAAUAAAUAUUAAUUUAAUUUAAAAGUUAUAUUUACAUUAGUAAAAAAAAAAUAAUUGAGCACAUCGGGUAAAUUUCAGACAUAAAAAAUUUUACUCCAAACAAGUUAUAUAGAGUAGAAUAGCAGAUAAUAUAAAUAAAGAAGGUUAAAUUGCAGAAAAGAUUGCACUCUCUAUAAUAAAAAUAAUACAAUAAAAAUUAACAUAGUACAUAUAUUAAAAAAGUAUUACUUUGAAAAAAAAAACAAAUGAUUUUUUCACUAUACCUAAUAUUAUUGUAACAAGUUUUUUCUACACAAAAAAAUAAUAACGUUAAUUAAUUUAUUUUCUCUUGCACUUAAUUGAUCUUAAAACUCAUUAAAUCAACGCUCACCUUCAAUCAAAUCGUACAUUUAGUUAUGCUACAACUUUAAUGACAGAGUUUGAAGCCUUCAAAAUAUAUAUAUAAAAAAAAAAAUUCACAAUAAUAUCUAAUGUCAAUCAGUUUGAUAACCCAGUAAAAUUCAAUGAAAACUAAUUUUUUGCACGCAAUAUUGCUUCACAAUUCAAUGCAAGCAUUAGAAAAAGAAGCCGCCACGAAGGACAUUGCAAAUGUAGAACAACAAUCACAACUUAAUGAAUUUGCCGAUAUACAAAAUAAACAAACAAGAAGUCGCAAUGAAACACAUAAAUAUUGAAACAGCCUUGACCAUACAUACAAAAGUACGAUGCAUAGAUAGCGUAUUACUUAGUACGCGCUGCCGAUUUCACUUCAAGCAUGAAAUGAGACAAUUACUACAUAUAUUUAUAUAUGUAUGUAUGUAUGUAUAUAUAGUUUAUCGUUUUUAUCGUUUCAUACUGUCUCCAUUUGCUAUGAUGUCAACCGCAACGCGACAAUAUUCGUAUCUUUGCCCAACACUUGCCCUCAGCGGCAGCACACAUGCAACACUGGCUACUAACUGUUUACUAACUUAAAUGCACACAAGUAUAUACCUAAAUGGAUACUAAGUGCUUAGUUAGUUUGUUAAUCCCGCUUGUUAUAGUAUAAAUAAAACAUAAAACUAGGUUAGGGAGUGGCACAACUUAAUGUGCGUCAAAAUAAAGGCAAAAACAUUAAAAGAAACGGCACAGGAAGGAAUUUUGCGCGUAUGUUGGCGGAACAAAGUCUGCAAUUAUUUAAUUAAGCGUAGAAAAAUGGCAUAAUUAUUGUUGAAUAAUAACGGAAUUUUUUCAAAUACAUACAUAUAUUGUGUAAUAUGCGCCGACAAAGCAAGUACCGAAGAGAGUAUGGUGGAAGUGGGUAGUAAGAGCAAGUGUAUCUAAUGGAAGUUUGCUAGAAAAAUUAAAUUAAGCGCUUGGAAAACUAAAAAUGUGGCACAAAAUGUGUGCAAUUUAAUUAAUGUAGCAAUGUGUAGGAAAACAAUAUUUUUAUUGUUCAUGGCUGUUAUAGUUUAAAAUAAUAUUUUAUGCGAAUAUCACGUAGAAAUAACCGAGACUUUGCUUGCAAUUUUUUUAAAUAACUUACGUAAUUUUUUAUAAUUUUUUUUAUAAGCAAUUUUAUAACCUUACACAAGUAUUAUAAAUAUAUAUUUUUUUGCAAUUUAAAACUUUUUACGCGUUUUAUUUAUUUAUUUUUUUAUUUAUUGUAUAAAAUGGCAAAUACAUUUUUGUUUUUACAAUUUAAAAUUUAAAAAUUUUAUUUUUUUUACUACAAUUAUUAAUUUUUGAGUUAUAUGUAUUUAACAUUUUUUUUGUUUUUUAUUAAUUUAAAGUAUUUUUUUUACAUUUAUGUAAUUAUUUAUAAAUUUAAAUAUAUUAUUCAAAGCCAUUGUAUCAACAGUUGCAUGUAAAAAAAUAUUUUCUACAAAUUUCAAGAUUUUAUUUCGUUAUUUUAACUUUUUUCUUUAUAUUUAUUUUAAUUUUUUAUAUUUAUUAUUUUCCAAUAGUUAUUUAAAAAUUCUCAAGCGAUUCGUUGCGUUUUUUGCUUUUAUAAGUUUAAAAUUUUUUAUACAUUUAUAAACAAAUUUUUCCACAUGUGGCCGCAGUGUAAGUGCUUUAACAGACCAAACAUAUGGUGUAACGGCAUAACAAAACAAAAUAUAGAGAAUUUAAAUUUGAAAAAAUGUACAAUGUUAAUAAAUAUGGUAAUAAUAAAAAUAAUAUAAUCUUAAAAGAAUAUUAAAACCAAAAUUAAUUAAAUUUACAAAAAUAGCAGCAAACAAUUUGUGCCACAAAUUAAUUAAAAAGCGCAAUAAAAACUAAAAAUAAAUGCAUAAAUUAGAAGCUAAUAAAUUUCGAAAUACACACAUAUGCACUUAUGUAUGUAUAUAGAUAUGUAUUUGUAUAAUGUGCAUAUGUUUCAAUGUACUUGUAUGUAUAUAUUUAAAAGAAGCAUAACACAAAAAUUAAUUUAAACUAGUGAAAGAAUGCCGAAAGCGGCAAAUCCCAUUAAAAAGCCCAUUAAAAGGGAAAGUGACGUCAGGCUUCGUGGGCGCGCAUAAACUGCUUGUAGAAUGCCUAGCUCAGCUCAGUUGUUUACAACGCUGGUGGCAGGUUUUUAGCAGCAAGUGGGUAGGUCAAAUAGGCGCCGGUUACAGUUGCAGUUAUAGUUACCUUGAACGCCACUUUAGUGGUUUCCACAAAAUAUAUUUGCACACAUAUUUGCUCAAACACUUGUUUUGUACGAAUAUUAAUUUAAUUUAAUCAUUUACUUACAUAUGUACAAAAUACAAAAGUUUUUUGGCAUUUUCAAAUGCUCGCAUACAUUUUGUGGCAUGAAUAUUAAUGACAGCGCGAAAAUGUGCAAGUAAUAUUCGUGUUUGAUGAAAUACCAAGUACGAUUAGCAGGAAAUUUACACACAGCAUUUUAAUAGAUUAAGUGCUUGGAAAAACAGCACAACAACAGCAACAAGCGCAAAAUGUAAAUACAGAGUAAUGAUAAUAAAUUGUAAAGGCAAACAAAAGAAAAACUGAAAAAAAAACUACUAAACGACUCGUCACGCGAUUGUCAGCGUGCGUUUGCUGCCGUUGUUGUUUUUGUAUUAUAUGUGUAUUUUUAUUUGCUAUAACAUAUUAAUGGUAAUGCUAGCGGCGAGGUUGGCUGUUUGCUCGUAAUUUGGCGCAGAUGUAGAGCGGAAAAGCGCACAAAUGGAUGUCACGUUUGCGCGCAUCGCAUGUGACGAUAAAAAGCUUAGAGCGAUUAAUAUUUGUAUACACAUAAAUAUGCAUAGAUGUAUGCACAUAAAUAUGUAUGUAUAUAUACUUAUAUUAAUGCAUGCAUGCAAGCAUUUAAAUGUACAAAUGCGCCGCCGUGGGCAAAUGCAACCGAUUUACUUUGUUAGCACACACUUAUACGUAUGUACAUAUGUACAAGGUAUUCAUGUACAUACAUACAUAUGUUUGCUUUGAGCACUUAGCUAUUGAAAUGUAUGAGCAAACAAUGGCACAUUAAUGCUUAGCGCGCUUUGAUGGCGCGAAAAACGCUGUAUUGGGACGCUUUAACAACAACUCAACAUAUUUUCAAUUAUAGUAGGGCAAAAUUAUUGUUAGCAGCAAAUAUACAUAUGUACACACGUGACACAAUGUGAUAAAAAUUUGUGAUUAAACAAAACACUUAUGAUAAUCAAAGCGUAUAAAUUAAAAAAAAAAAAAAAUACAAAAACCAAGCGCAAAAAAAAAAAUACGAAAGAAACUGCAAAGGGGGGAAAAAAAUAAAAACUUACGUAUAAAAAAAAAAAUUUACAUAUGUAUGUAUAUCUGCAUAAAAUUUACAAAAAAUUACAAAUAUUUUUUAUUGCCUCUUCAACGCGUGCCAACAGUUGUUUUUGCUAAUCAUUUUUUGUCAUUAAUAGUUAUAAAGCUUUGCAUUACAAUAAUAGCUUAUUUAUGUGGGAAAUAACCUGUUUUUGCAUAUACAUUUCUGUUAUUCUUGUUGUAUGUAUGCAUUAAACACAUUAAGUAUUGUAGAAAUGCAUUUAAAAAAAUAAAUGCAGUGUUAAACUAACGAAUUUUCAAUAUUUACGCAAGGAAUGUGUUAAAUUGCUUAUUGUUUGUGUUUGUCUAGUUAUCGAUUACUCGUUGAGAGUUAUCGCUGAAUAGUGAGGUUUCUUUUAAAUUUGUAAAGAAAAUAUAUAUUUUUUUUACAAAUAACAUAAUUUUAUGCAUUUGACAAUAUUUUCAAAAAUGUAAUUAAAAAUUUUUUUAAAAUUCAGAAUUUUCAAAUAAUUUUAAAUUCUAUUUUUGAAAAAAAAGAAAUGCCGGUCUCGCAGCUAAUUGUUUUUUCUACGAAAUGGGCGACCAUUGUAAUCUAAGUGAAUUUGACUAAAGACUUGCCUAGGGCGUUUUUGGUUAAUUUAAGCCAAAAAUUUCAUUGCACUUCAAGUAACCUGCUUGCUGUGUUUAUUUCUUUUACGACCUUCAUCUUUUAUGCGUUUUCGUCGACUUAAGAAUUUUGACCAAUUAGAGACGGAAACUAGACCUUUUUGCCUCUUCUCUUGCUGGCGCCUACUGCAAAUUAAAACAAUUUGAGUGCAGCAUUAUCUUUCUAUAGCAUGUGGAAAGCAUCUGACAGUGCUACAAUUAUCACUUUUAAGACAAUUAUCCCCGAAUUUCAGCAAUUAUACUGCCGUGUUAAUCUUUUGUGUAGAUAGUUUUGAGUAUGUAGUUCAAAUCAGAACCUUUCAAUUAUUUUUAGUACUAUUUUAAUUAUUUUGUUUUUAAUGCAAAUUGGAAUGUCUCGUCUAGUCUUCUUUUUGGAGUGCAAUUUCUGCAAGUACGUUAGCAAAUUCAAGCAGUUGCAACGAAAUUAUGUAGUACAACGAAUAUUCGUCAUAGCCGCAAAGUGGCACCCUGCUGUUGUUGUUUAAAUAAUUUUUUGAAGAGAUCAAACUUAAAUAUUUUCAAAAGAUAAACAGUCUAUUGCAAUGAAGGUAUCAAAAAAUUGUAACAAAGUUUUUUGGAUUAGAAAUACUUUUGCGAAGGGUUGGCACUUGAAAAAAAUCCAAAAAAUUGAUAAAAUAAAUCCGAUACUGCAAUAUUGUUAGCAAAUAACUGUUAUUUGGGAAAUUUUUAUGUAUGGAAGAUUUUGAUGUACCGUACAUAAUUGCUUUUGGAUUACCAGUUCAUACCAGUCCUCGAAAUACGAUAAUAAAAAAAUUAUAUUUUUAAUGUAGAUAUAAAUUUUUUUUUUAAUAUUCUACACACUUAGCUUACUGGUUAUUGAAUUUAAAAUUUUCGACACACUCUGUAGAAUUUUACCGUUGUCGUGCGCAAUUUUAUUAUCUAAUUUUGUGAUAUCUGGCUUAAAAUUUUUUAGUUUGUAUUUUUUGAUGCUUUGUGGAUCAAUUAUAUCAAACACGCGCUCUAUAAACCGUAACUUAUUUUUUGUUUAAAAUAUUCUUUAAGACAUCGGUCAGAAAUACUUGGUAUACCUAAUUUUUAGUCAAUUUAGGCUUAAUUUGAAAUAAAUAAUAAUAAAGAACAAUUUUUCUACACUAUAUGCAGCAAUCUUUUUACAUAUCUACAUACAUAUGUAAGUACAUACUGCUAAUACACAUUGAAAUCUGCGGAAAUUGCAGCCUUGACUCAUAUAUGUACAUACAUAUGUACGUAACAAUGCUUAUAGCAACAUAUUUUGAAAUAAUAAAUUAAUUAAAUGCCUAUAAGUAAAUUGUUCUCAAUUGACUUGACUGCAUUUCGAUAACGAUUCAUAUGUUGUUUUUUUGCUCCACCACAGCAAACGGUCACAAUGUCAACGCGGCAACGGCAUCUUAUUACAUUGGUGUUGUUGGUGACAUUUCAAGGCUGUUUAAUUACAAUAAUACAAUCAUUUUUAUGGCGUCAAACGAACAAUAAAUAGAUUUACAAAUACAUACAUACUUAUGUAUGUACAGGCAUAUUAUUUUCUUCUCCACACGCUUGUCAGAUAAAAAUUAUUACACACUUUUUGUUUUUGCUUUUGUCCGCGCUUUGCUGAAAGUGCAAUCGAGAAAGGAAAAUGUGACGGCACUGAUGGCGCCAGGCAAUGUGCCAUAAUGAUAAUUACAAAUGGCAAAUGGAAAAUAGAUUUUAUUGCUUGUAAUUGCAUGGAAAAUUAAUAAAUGUGUUUGCAGGUGCAUGUAAUGGCAUUUUUUAUUGCAUAAGUGAGUUUUUUAUAUUUUUUUAAUGUGGCUACUCAUUUGUUAUGUAUUAUUGAUCCAAAAAUUACUAUUCAAUUGCGCUAUUGUGAUUUUGUCUACAUUUUAUAACCGUAACAAAAAGAAAACAUGAAUGAACUUGUUAAAUUUUGUUUAUUUACAUUUGAAGACAAAAACAUGAAAGCUGUUGUAUCUUAUAACGAAAAACAAACAAAACAAAAUGAAAGUUAUUAUUGUUGUAUUUUAUAACCAAAAACCAAAACAUGAAAGUUGUUUGUUGUUGUGUUUCAUAAAUAAAAACAUAAAACAUGAAAUUUGUUGUUGUAUUCUAUGCAAAUUAAAUUGCUAAUAUAAAUUAAAAAUGAGUAAUAAUUGCUUUUGUAUUGACUGAACGUGCCGAUAAGCCGUACAAAGCAAACAACUGCAAUUAUUAAUAAACAAAACAACAAAAAAAAACAAUUAGCACUAUUGGACUUUGUCACUGUGUAUGAAUAACCAGUAAACGAACGAAUCAUUCACAAUAGACGAAAGGCAAAUGCUUUGUUUAUUUGCUUGCAAAGGUCAGUGUACGAUCUAUGGUGAAUUUUAAUUUGACUCAGCAGCCGCACCGAUAGCGGUAGUUAUCGCAGCUUUCGUUACCUCGCGCAGUUAUUCUUAGUUAACAGCAAGUGGCAGAAUUGGUCCAUAGCUGUUGUAUAGAAUUAAAUUUGAAAAUAAACUCAAACUUUGACUUUGAAAUGCUUGUUCAAGUGGCAAACUGGUUGUGGCGGCAGAGCCAGUGUGUGAGAGCUCAAGGUACGCGCGUAUGCUUAUGCAACAACAACAACUGCGGGUGUAACGCAUUUACAUACAACAACAUGUGCGUUUGUUGUUGUCGGCAGUGACAUUUCCAGCUAGCCGCCGUAUGUUAUUGUAAUAGCAAUAACAAUAAUAAGCGUAAUAAAGGCUUGCAAAUGACCUUGACUGGGUGGCAGUGAGACGCAUUGUAUUAGAAGUCUCACGCAAUUAGCUUCGAGCGGCAGCCCAUUGCGGCGCGAAAACACCUUCACAUCGGCCACAGCCCAACAAGUGACAGUCUUAUCGUCGUCGCCAUCGUCUACGGCGGCGGCGAUACAAACUGCGGCAGCCAUUAAGCUGCGCAGGUAUAGCGAUCGUUGUCUGACCACAGCCGAGGCCAAAUCGCACACCUACCGCAUCUCGAUGGCCAAUUUGGAGGAGACACAAGAGUCCGAACUGGACAUGAUAUUGGGCGAGCUGAGCUUAUUGGAGGCGCAAAUUAAUUGUGGCGAUGCCGCUUUUCUACCCGGUUGCGGUGUGCCCGGUCCGCAGCAGCAUGUAAAUCAAACAGCCGGCCUGAACAUGGUCACAGCACCGCCGACACGCACACAUUCGCGCACAAAUUCCACCAUUUCAGGUGCCACAACUAUUUCGUUAUCCGGUUCGUCGGAGUGCGGCAGCAGCGCCACCACAAAUUCGUUGGCCUCCUCCUCGGGCGUUUCGGAGAACGGACAGAGUAGCGUGGGCAGUGGUGGCAGCGUCAGCAGUGUGAUGGGUGUCACUAUGGUUGGUGUGGGCGGCGGCGGUGGUGUGGUGGGCAUGAUGCGCGAGCCGCGCACCGAGUCGCCGGACAAUGAUUCUGCCUUUAGUGAUACGGUCUCGCUCUUGUCUAGCGAGUCGUCCGCCUCGAGUAGCGCUAGCUCGGCGCUGCAUCACAAGCAAAUGCAACAGUUGCAGCAGCAACAGCAGUUGCAGUAUAUGCAACAACAGUUGAGCGGCACUACGUUGAGCAGCAGCAAGGCGGCCAAGAUACAGUUGGCGCUGCACAAGUUGGAGCAUCCAUCCAUACGCAGAUUGUUUGUGAAGGCGUUUACCUCGGACGGCGCUUCGAAGUCGCUGUUGGUGGAUGAGCGCAUGACAUGCGGUCAUGUAACACGUUUGCUGGCCGAUAAAAAUCACGUGCACAUGCAGGCCAAUUGGGCGCUGGUGGAGAACUUGGGCGAUCUGCAAAUGGAGCGUCUCUUCGAGGAUCACGAGCUGUUGGUGGAUAAUUUGAUGACUUGGAAUUCGGAUGCGGGCAAUCGUGUGCUAUUCCAGCAACGCAGCGACAAGAUAUCGCUUUUUGCCAAACCGGAAAUCUACUUGCCGGGACCACAAAUGGCGCCUGGCAGUCAGCAUGAUGAGCAUACACGCGCUAUGUUGUUGGAGGAGUUCUUCGAGACCAACUCACAGCUGCAGGUAGAUGGUCCAUUAUAUAUGAAAGCCGAUUCGAAGAAGGGUUGGAAACGUUAUCAUUUCGUGUUGCGCUCCUCCGGCCUCUACUAUUUUCCGAAAGAGAAAACGAAGAACACACGCGAUUUGGCUUGCCUCACGCUCUUUAAUGGCUACAAUGUGUAUCGUGGUUUGGGCUGGAAGAAGAAAUGGAAGGCGCCAACCGAUUAUGCGUUCGGCUUUAAGUCAGCUGUUGACUCGUCAUUGGGUAAGACAUGUCGUACAUUGAAAAUGCUGUGCGCUGAGGAUUUGGAGACGAUGGAGAAGUGGAUCACGGCCAUACGCAUUUCGAAAUAUGGCAAACAGCUAUGGGAUAGCCACAAAACACUUAUGGAUGAUCUCAGUUUGGGUGAUGUGAUGUCGCAGAGCAGUUUCGGUGUGUCUAUGCGCAGCGAAUCGAUUAGCAGCAUUUCAUCGGCUGUUCCCUCACAGUGCGGUAGCGUUUCCUCCGCCGUUUCGAGCAUGUCCAAUUCGAGUGGGCGAGUUUCACGCGCCAGCUCAUCUUCAUCAAGCGGCUGCCUCUCUGAUGACAAUAACGGCUUCGACUCGGAAUUCACUACGGGCACCAUUAAGCGUAAACCUUCGAUGAAACCCAAUUUACCGCUGACCACAAUGACGCGUCAGCUGAAGGAAGUCGGUGAGAUAACAAUUUGUGAGAGCAGCGGCGCUGAUGUGCAGGACGCCACCUCACCUGAACGCAGCGGCACGUUAACGCGUCGACACAGUCGCCGCAAAUCGCAAGAGAGCAACGGUAGCGGUACACUAAAACGGCGCCAGCCCACAGCGGCGGUGGCCAAACGCGGUUCAGCCGAAAGCAUGAACGCAACCGCUUGCAAUUCAUCUGGUUCCUCCAAUUCGACACCGACGCCGACGCCCAGCAUUUGCGCUAAGCCGCUGCUGGAAUAUGAAGCGUCGCGCACCACACCCGUCAACGAUAUGGCCGGCGUCACAAACUGCAUGUCCUCAUCGACACUCUCGCUAGAUUCGCUGCCGCCACCUCCACCACCGCCGCCAAUCACCGAUGAACACGAGAUUUAUGGUUCACAGCUGUCGCUGGUCUCAUUACCACCACCGCCGCCACCAGAAGAUGUUAUGGUAUAUCCACAACCGCCACAGGAAUACGCGUGCGUCGGUGGCGCUAAGUCGAACGGCAUGCCGCCGGCGGUGCCUGCGAAGCCGCAAAAAUCACAGCAAACGCCGGUCAAAGGACCAGCGCCACCCUACAAGGCGCCACCAGAGUACGUGGGGCAAGCGCACAAUCAGCAUAUGAACAACAGCAUUAACAACAGCGGUAUUAAUGCUGCUGUGGCUGCUGGACUGCCACCGCCGCCGCCAGCAACGAGUACCGGCACACAAAAGAAAGUCUCCUUCGCCGAUUCGCCAGUGUUGUUGCGUCGCAAAAUGUGCUCACCCGAGCCGCCCGUUUGUGUAAUGCAAAUGCACGCACCGCCCAUUUAUGGUUACGCGCCUUGUCCGCUGCCACCGCCACGCGCCGAUAUGACGCGUCUCUCCACGAAUUCUUCGAACUGCAGUUCCAUAGACUUUGGCUCACCGAAGCGUCUGCAGGAGUCCACCUCAAAUCCGCCGCGUGACUUUCUUAAAGAUCUGCAGCGCGUGAUGCGCAAAAAAUGGCAAGUGGCGCAAAAGUGCAAACUGGAACCGGCUACAACGCCGCACGAAGUGCUCGGCUUUCGCGAUUUCAACGAUGAGUUGCACAAUUUGAAUGCCUCCGCCACCACACACUACUACCGUGAGACGGCCAAUGUGAGUAAUUGGGUGCAGGAACAUUAUGGCGCUGGCGCACCACCGCCGCCACUCAGCGAGUAUGCGCUUUAUGAGAAUUUGCAUGCGAAUGAUGCGCCGAACGGCAUGGGCGGUACAGCGGUCAUGAUGGAGCCGCAAUUCCCUAUGAGCGGUGCGGCGGUGGCUGCAGCAGCGGCACAACGCAAGAAGCGGCCACCGCCACCACCACCCAAACGCAGCGAUUCGACGCAGCUGACGCACAGGGUUUAGGGAUGUGGCGGAGGCCAACGUCGCCGGCAUUGGUUUCUGUGCGGUUGGUAAAAUAUGGGUUUGAGGAGGCUGCCUAAAUGCCUGUUAGUGUUGCAAAGUGCAAACGAAAAAGCGCGAACAUAGAAAGUAUGAGCCCCAAAAAAAGGUGGAGAGAUUUAUGUGCUAAGCUUAGGAAGGGUUUAGAACCUGUGUGUGCUGCGCGGCCAGUUGCUAAGCGAAUUGCGGCGGCAAUAGACACAAAAUAUGUCCUUUUUAUGUAGUUUAUACAUCAGCUAUAUAUAAAAUUAACAAAUUUUUAUAUAUAUUUACAUGCUUAUAUAUACAUACAUAUAUGGACGUCUAUUACUUAAGAUUUACAUACAUAUAGGCAUACAUGCUUAAGAAAAAAGCGAGUUUGCGCGCAACAUUUUUUAGGUUAAGAUAAUAAAACGCUACUUAAAUGCUUUCAAAAUGUCUACGCCUAGGAAUUGUACAAUAUGCCAUACUACUUGAUUGAAGCGGGAAAGGGAAGGUAAUUUGCUAAGUGAGACACUCCAGAAUGAAUCAAUAAAAUAAGCAAUAUAAAUCUCAAACAAUUCUAACUGCUUUUUAUCAUAACGGAAUUUUAGUAUCUCAUAUUUUUUUUUUACAAAAUUUAAAUUUUUUGUAAACUCUACACAAUGCUCCACUAAAACUAUUAGCUACAAAAAUGCAAAUAUACGUAAAAGCGCUAAAGCAAAUGCGUACAAAUGCCAAGAAAUAAGAUUUUAAAAACUCUACACAA